GCCAAACAUAAAGAAGUCGUAGAAAUGUAUUGAGUUUUAACAGCUGUACUUGUAUUCUGUUUCAACAGCAUGGCGUUUGAAGAGAAUAAAAAUAAAUAUUCUAACAUAGAACAUGUACGUACGAAUAUGCUUUGGAUGGAUAUAAAGAUUGUUGAUCCUGAAAUGGAAACAUUAAUGAAACAAAUUAAUGAGGAACAAAUAAAAUUAAAGGAAGCAUUGCGUGAGAAAUUAUGUUUAAUAAGAUAUGAUACUGAUUUUGUACAGAGAGAAAAUGAACAAUUAAAAGAAUGGUUAAGGUUCAAAGGAAUACAAUUUGAGGAUAAGAAGGAUCAUUCAGGCAUUAGUUCAACAAAUGAUAUUGUUAUAAAGGAGGAACAAAUAGAUAACGUAACAAAUGAGAAUGAAUCAUACGAAGAGAAAUUUAAUCCUGAAACUUCAGAAGAAUAUAAUCAUAUAGAGAAAAGCAAUAAGUCAGAGCAUGGGACAAUGGAUAUCAAAGAAGAAACUAAUAGAUUGAAGAGUUGUUACAUAAAAGUAAAUGAAGAGGAUUAUAAAGAAUGUAAAAAUGACGCUUUAAAGAAAGAUAGUCAAAAUAUGAAUAGAAAGGAUGAAGUUUGCAAUGUUAAUAAUCAAAAUGAAAAUGAAGAAUCUGUUAUAGCAACAAGAACACGUAAAAGUACACAAGUAAAUGUAUCUGCUGAAAAUAUUUGGUUGAGCGAAAAGAGAUCAAAACGUGGUAUGGAAAGACGCAGACUUGUUAAAAAUUAUAAAACAACUAAUAAAAGGAAAAAGAAUACUAAAAGGAAGAUAGUAGGAGUACAAAAUAAAGAGGAUAUUUAUAAUGUGGAUCAAUCUUAAAGAUUUUACUAUAAUAAUGUUCUAUAAUAGAGUAAUUUAUAAUACAAAAAUAUAGUUACAUUACAUAUUUUAAUGUAAUAAUUUAUUACUCUGACCAAUGAAGAUGUUUGAAUAAUUGAACAUGCAUCCAAAGUAUUAAAUGCAGGAGUUACAAUGAAGAUAUUUACUUUUGGUACAUGCACUUUUUGUACGGUCAAAUCCCUUAUCGAAUAUAAGUGUUAAAUCUGUUACAAAUAGGUAACAUAAAUGCUAUUGAUAGUUUACACGAAUUAUAUAAAUUUUAUUAUAUAAUGAUACAUCCAAAAUUUAUAAAAUACAGUUGCUCAGGGCAGUAAGAUUUCAUAAAUGUAAUUUAGUUACAUUAGGUACAAAUUUAAUGUAAAAUAUGGACCUGAGAUAUAUCAAAGUUAAUCGUAAAGCAUAAGAAUGAAAUGUUUUGAAAAUAUAUUUUAAACAAAUAUUCGUUUUAUACAUAAAUCAAAUAUAUAUAUAUAAUUUAUUAAGAUUGUUUAAUAUGUAUCAUGUAUUGCGAUUUAGUAAUUUACUAAAAUAUUGUACGCAGGUAUGUUUUGCCUGUCUUUCCUGGAUUCAUGUUUGCAGUAAUCAGAGAAAACGUAUGUAUUUGUUAUUAUUUGUAUUCAGGUCAUUAUCAUCAAGACAUUACAUUUUUUCUUUAGAUUAUAUUAAUAACAUAUUUAUCAUGUAAACGGAUGCAGCUUACAAUUAGCAUAGCUUUAAUUAAAAUAAUUAUGUAUAGGCAUUUACAAAAAGAAAGAAAUUUUUAACGCAUGAAUAUAUCUGACCAAUUAAAAAAUCACCUUUGCCUAAGCUAUAUUAUAAAUUUAAUAUUAGUUUUGUUGCUUGUGUGUAGAAAAUGAUUUAUUAAUAAAUAAAA